CCCCCCGCUGAGCAGAGCGAAAGGGUGUGUUGCUCGCCAGGACGGCUGCUCCUGUCACUGUGCCCGGGUGGCAGUCGGCGAGGAGCCUCUGCGGCUGCAGGAACAACCAUACGGUUAGAGCCGGAGCCAACGACCAGCCACCAUGAGCAGCGACGACAACAAGUACGACGUGAUCGUGAUCGGAGGAGGCAUCUCAGGUCUGUCUGCAGCUAAGUUACUGUAUGACUCAGGACUGGAUGUUGUAGUUCUAGAAGCCCGAGACAGGGUUGGAGGCAGAACAUACACAGUAAGAAAUAAGCACGUCAAGUAUGUUGACUUGGGAGGAGCAUAUGUGGGACCCACACAAAACCGUGUUUUACGGCUGUCUAAAGAGUUAGGACUAGAGACUUACAAAGUGAAUGAAGUUGAGCAUCUUAUUCAUCAUGUCAAA